GCAAAGAUCUGUGCUGUGUCAUGUAUGACAGCCAUCACUCAUGGCUCUCCACUAGGAGGGAACGACAGCCAGGGCCAGGUUCUUGAUGGCCAGUCUCAGCAUCUCUUCCAACAGAACCAGACUUCAUCACCUGAUUCUUCCAAUGAGAAUUCCGUAGCAACUCCUCCUCCAGAGGAACAAGGGCAAGGUGAUGCCCCACCACAGCAUGAAGAUGAAGAUCCUGCAUUUCCACAUACUGAGCUGGCAAAGCUGGAUGACAUGAUCAACAGGCCUCGAUGGGUGGUUCCUGUUUUGCCAAAAGGGGAAUUAGAAGUGCUUUUAGAAGCUGCUAUUGAUCUUAGUGUAAAAGGCCUUGAUGUUAAAAGUGAAGCAUGCCAACGUUUUUUUCAAGAUGGACUGACAAUAUCUUUCACUAAAAUUCUUAUGGAUGAGGCUGUGAGUGGCUGGAAGUUUGAAAUUCAUAGAUGUAUUAUUAACAAUACUCAUCGCCUAGUGGAACUUUGUGUGGCCAAGUUGUCCCAAGAUUGGUUUCCACUUCUAGAACUUCUCGCCAUGGCCUUAAAUCCUUACUGCAAGUUUCAUAUCUACAAUGGUACACGUCCGUGUGAAUUAAUUUCCUCAAAUGCUCAGUUGCCUGACGAUGAAUUAUUUGCUCGUUCUUCAGAUCCUCGAUCACCAAAAACCAUUUGGACAAUGCUAUGAGUUUCUCAGUCAACAUACAGUGAAAAAGUACUUCAUUCCAGUUAUAGAAAUAGUUCCACAUUUAUUGGAAAACUUAACUGAUGAAGAACUGAAAAAGGAAGCAAAGAAUGAAGCCAAAAAUGAUGCCAUUUCAAUGAUUAUUAAAUCUUUGAAGAACUUAGCUUCAAGAAUUUCAGGACAAGAUGAGACUAUAAAAAAUUUGGAAAUUUGUAGGUUAAAGAUGAUACUCAGAUUGUUGCAAAUUUCCUCUUUCAAUGGAAAGAUGAAUGCACUGAAUGAAAUAAAUAAGGUUAUAUCUAGUGUAUCAUAUUAUACUCAUCGGCAUAGUAAUCCUGAGGAGGAAGAAUGGCUGACAGCUGAGCAAAUGGCAGAAUGGAUACAGCAAAAUAAUAUCUUAUCCAUAGUCUUGCAAGACAGUCUUCAUCAACCACAAUAUGUAGAAAAGCUAGAGAAAAUUCUUCGUUUUGUGAUUAAAGAAAAGGCUCUUACAUUACAGGACCUUGAUAAUAUCUGGGCAGCACAGGCAGGAAAACAUGAAGCCAUUGUGAAGAAUGUACAUGAUCUGCUAGCAAAGUUGGCUUGGGAUUUUUCUUCUGGACAACUUGAUCAUCUUUUUGAUUGCUUUAAGGCAAGUUGGACAAAUGCAAGUAAAAAGCAACGUGAAAAGCUCCUUGAGUUGAUACUCCGUCUUGCAGAAGAUGAUAAAGAUGGUGUGAUGGCACACAAAGUGUUGAACCUUCUUUGGAACCUGGCUCAUAGUGAUGAUGUGCCUGUAGACAUCAUGGACCUUGCUCUUACUGCCCACAUAAAAAUACUAGAUUAUAGUUGUUCCCAGGAUCGAGAUGCACAGAAGAUCCAGUGGAUAGAUCACUUUAUAGAAGAACUUCGCACAAAUGACAAGUGGGUAAUUCCUGCUCUGAAACAAAUAAGAGAAAUUUGUAGUUUGUUUGGUGAAGCACCUCAAAAUUUGAGUCAAACUCAGCGAAGUCCCCGCAUAUUUUAUCGCCAUGAUUUAAUCAACCACCUUCAACAAAAUCAUGCUUUAGUUACUUUGGUAGCAGAAAACCUUGCAACCUACAUGAAUAGCAUCAGAUUGUAUGCUAGAGUCAAGAUUUUGCUUCUAAUUGAAGAACGUUUUUUGGCGCCAAAUGUGAACAUUACAAGGUCCAAGAGAUGUAUACCUGAGAAAUACCUGUGUCUGUUGCAGAAGAAAAACAACAUAUUUCUCCCAUACUAUGUUUAAAAGUUUCGGGAUAAAGGUCUUUCAUUCCUGACAACACUUGGUAUUGAUCGUGAAGACUAUGAUCCACAAACAGUGAGGCUUGGAAGUCGAUACAGUCAUGUUCAAGAAGUUCAAGAACGACUAAACUUCCUUAGAUUUUUACUGAAGGAUGGCCAACUGUGGCUCUGUGCUCCUCAGGCAAAACAAAUAUGGAAGUGCUUAGCAGAAAAUGCAGUUUAUUUUUGUGAUCGUGAAGCCUGUUUUAAGUGGUAUUCCAAGUUAAUGGGGGAUGAACCAGACUUAGAUCCUGAUAUUAAUAAGGACUUCUUUGAAAGUAGUGUGCUUCAGCUUGAUCCUUCCCUUUUAACUGAAAAUGGAAUGAAAUGCUUUGAAAGAUUUUUCAAAGCUGUCAAUUGUCGAGAAAGGAAACUAAUAGCAAAAAGAAGAUCCUAUAUGAUGGAUGAUUUGGAAUUAAUUGGACUAGACUACCUUUGGAGGGUUGUGAUUCAGAGUAGUGACGAGAUUGCCAACAGAGCUAUAGAUCUUCUUAAAGAGAUAUACACAAACCUUGGCCCAAGAUUAAAAGCCAAUCAGGUGGUUAUCCAUGAAGACUUCAUUCAGUCUUGCUUUGAUCGUUUAAAAGCAUCGUAUGAUACACUGUGUGUUUUUGAUGGUGACAAAAACAGCAUUAAUUGUGCAAGACAAGAAGCCAUUCGAAUGGUUAGAGUAUUAACUGUUAUAAAAGAGUACAUUAAUGAAUGUGACAGUGAUUAUCACAAGGAAAGAAUGAUUCUACCUAUGUUGAGAGCAUUUCGUGGCAAACACCUCUCUCUUAUAGUUCGGUUUCCAAACCAGGGCAGACAGGUUGAUGAGUUGGAUAUAUGGUCUCAUACGAAUGACACAAUUGGUUCAGUACGGCGAUGUAUUGUUAAUCGUAUUAAAGCCAAUGUAGCCCACACAAAAAUUGAACUUUUUGUGGGUGGUGAGCUGAUAGAUUCUGAAGAUGACAGAAAGCUAAUUGGACAAUUAAACUUAAAAGAUAAAUCUCUAAUUACAGCCAAACUUACACAAAUAAAUUCCAAUAUGCCAGCAAGUCCUGAUAGCUCUUCCGAUUCCUCAACUGCAUCUCCUGGAAACCACCAUAAUCAUUACAAUGAUGGUCCCAAUCUAGAGGUGGAAAGUUGUUUGCCUGGGGUGAUAAUGUCAGUGCAUCCCAGAUACAUCUCUUUCCUUUGGCAAGUUGCAGACUUAGGUAGGAACCUGAAUAUGCCACCUCUUAGAGAUGGAGCAAGAGUACUUAUGAAACUUAUGCCACCAGAUAGAACAGCUGUAGAAAAAUUACGAGCUGUUUGUUUGGACCAUGCAAAACUUGGAGAAGGCAAACUUAGUCCACCCCUUGACUCUCUUUUCUUUGGUCCUUCUGCCUCCCAAGUUCUAUACCUAACAGAGGUAGUUUAUACCUUGUUAAUGCCUGCUGGUGUGCCUCUAACUGAUGGGUCCUCUGACUUUCAAGUUCACUUCUUGAAAAGUGGUGGCUUACCUCUUGUACUGAGUAUGCUAAUAAGAAAUAACUUCUUGCCAAAUACAGAUACGGAAACUCGAAGGGGUGCUUAUUUAAAUGCUCUUAAAAUAGCCAAACUGUUGUUAACUGCGAUUGGCUAUGGCCAUGUUCAAGCUGUAGCAGAAGCUUGUCAGCCAGUUGUAGAUGGUACAGACCCCAUAACACAGAUUAACCAAGUUACUCAUGAUCAAGCAGUGGUGCUACAAAGUGCCCUUCAGAGCAUUCCUAAUCCCUCAUCUGAGUGCGUACUUAGAAGUGAGUCCAUACUUCUUGCUCAGGAAAUAUCUAAUGAGGCUUCAAGAUAUAUGCCUGAUAUUUGUGUAAUUAGAGCUAUACAGAAAAUUAUCUGGGCAUCAGCAUGUGGGGCAUUAGGACUAGUUUUUAGCCCAAAUGAAGAAAUAACUAAAAUUUAUCAGAUGACCACCAAUGGAAGCAAUAAGCUGGAGGUGGAAGAUGAACAAGUUUGCUGUGAAGCACUGGAAGUGAUGACCUUAUGUUUUGCUUUACUUCCAACAGUGUUGGAUGCACUUAGUAAAGAAAAAGCCUGGCAGACCUUCAUCAUUGACUUAUUAUUGCACUGUCCAAGCAAAACUGUUCGUCAGUUGGCACAGGAGCAGUUCUUUUUAAUGUGCACCAGAUGUUGCAUGGGACACAGGCCUCUGCUUUUCUUCAUUACUUUACUCUUUACCAUACUGGGGAGCACAGCAAGAGAGAAGGGUAUGAAUGUGAAGAAUCUUUUACAACUUUGAAUGUGGAUAUUAGAAAUCAUCAAAAUCUUCUUGAUUCUUUGGAACAGUAUAUCAAAGGAGAUUUAUUGGAAGGUGCAAAUGCAUAUCAUUGUGAAAAAUGUGAUAAAAAGGUUGACACAGUAAAGCGCCUGCUAAUUAAAAAAUUGCCUCGGGUUCUUGCUAUCCAACUCAAACGAUUUGACUAUGACUGGGAAAGAGAAUGUGCAAUUAAAUUCAAUGAUUAUUUUGAAUUUCCUCGAGAGCUGGAUAUGGGACCUUACACAGUAGCAGGUGUUGCAAACCUGGAAAGGGAUAAUGUAAACUCAGAAAAUGAGUUGACUGAACAGAAAGAGCAGUCUGACAAACUGCAGGAGGCACAAAGUACAGACUUGUAGGAGUGCUUGUACACAGUGGUCAAGCAAGCAGUGGGCAUUAUUAUUCUUACAUCAUUCAAAGGAAUGGUAAAGAUGAUCAGACAGAUCACUGGUAUAAAUUUGAUGAUGGAGAUGUAACAGAAUGCAAAAUGGAUGAUGAUGAAGAAAUGAAAAAUCAGUGUUUUGGUGGAGAGUACAUGGGAGAAGUAUUUGAUCACAUGAUGAAGCGCAUGUCAUAUAGGCGACAGAAGAGGUGGUGGAAUGCUUACAUACUUUUUUAUGAACAAAUGGAUAUGAUAGAUGAAGAUGAUGAGAUGAUAAGAUAUAUAUCAGAGCUAACUAUUGCAAGACCCCAUCAGAUCAUUAUGUCACCAGCCAUUGAGAGAAGUGUACGGAAACAAAAUGUGAAAUUUAUGCAUAACCGAAUGCAAUAUAGUUUAGAGUAUUUUCAGUUUGUGAAAAAACUGCUUACAUGUAAUGGUGUUUAUUUAAACCUUGCUCCAGGGCAGGAUUAUUUGUUGCCUGAAGCAGAAGAAAUUACUAUGAUUAGUAUUCAGCUUGCUGCUAGAUUCCUCUUUACCACUGGAUUUCACACCAAGAAAAUAGUUCGUGGUCCUGCCAGUGACUGGUGUGGCAGAAAAAACACAGCUUCUGAAAUUGAAUGUACCUGCUACCUUUAUGCUUGUGUCUUUAGACGAAGGACCAGGUCCUCCAAUCAAAUAUCAGUAUGCUGAAUUAGGCAAGUUAUAUUCAGUAGUGUCUCAGCUGAUUCGUUGUUGCAAUGUGUCAUCAACAAUGCAGUCUUCAAUCAAUGGUAAUCCCCCUCUCCCCAAUCCUUUCGGUGACCCUAAUUUAUCACAGCCUAUAAUGCCAAUUCAGCAGAAUGUGUUAGACAUUUUAUUUGUGAGAACAAGUUAUGUGAAGAAAAUUAUUGAAGACUGCAGUAACUCAGAGGAUACCAUCAAAUUACUUCGCUUUUGCUCUUGGGAGAAUCCUCAGUUCUCAUCUACUGUCCUCAGCGAACUUCUCUGGCAGGUUGCAUAUUCAUAUACUUAUGAACUUUGGCCAUAUUUAGAUCUACUUUUGCAAAUUUUACUGAUUGAGGACUCCUGGCAGACUCACAGAAUUCAUAAUGCACUUAAAGGAAUUCCAGAUGACAGAGAUGGGCUGUUCGAUACAAUACAGCGCUCGAAGAAUCACUAUCAAAAACGAGCAUAUCAGUGCAUAAAAUGUAUGGUAGCUCUAUUUAGCAGUUGUCCUGUUGCUUACCAGAUCUUACAGGGUAACGGAGAUCUUAAAAGAAAAUGGACCUGGGCAGUGGAAUGGCUAGGAGAUGAACUUGAAAGAAGACCAUAUACUGGCAAUCCUCAGUAUAGUUACAACAGUUGGUCUCCUCCAGUACAAAGCAAUGAAACAGCAAAUAGUUAUUUCUUAGAAAGAUCACAUAGUGCUAGGAGGACACUUGCAAAAGCUUGUGAACUCUGUCCAGAAGAGGAGCCAGAUGACCAGGAUGCCCCAGAUGAGCAUGAGCCCUCUCCAUCAGAAGAUGCCCCAUUAUAUCCUCAUUCACCUGCCUCUCAGUAUCAACAGAAUAAUCAUGUACAUGGACAGCCAUAUACAGGACCAGCAGCACAUCACUUGAACAACCCUCAGAAAACCGGCCAACGAACACCAGAAAAUUAUGAAGGCAAUGAAGAAGUAUCCUCACCUCAGAUGAAGGAUCAGUGAAAAGCAAUAAUUAACUGCUUCCUUUAUGACCAUGCACUAAGGUCUUACAGUCCAAACUUUCUCCAUGUCUGGCUAGUAUUGAAAACUAGAUAAACUGCUCCAAACCAACAUGGAGUAAAGAGCAUAUUCACUGUCUCAUUUGCAGUAAUCUGCAAUUUGUCAGUGUAUAAGACACAUGCAGGGUGAAGUGU